CCAAUCAGCGAGCCGGCCCUUCCGGCGCCGGCGGCGGCCGAACAACCCCGCAGUUCCCGGCGGCGUCCGCGUCCUCAGGAGGAGCAUGGAUGACACCCAAGUGGUGGACUGGGGGUCCGGAGAAGAGGAGGUCGAAGGGCCCCACAGCCCCGCGGUGGGGCUCGGCACCGAGCCCGUGGGGCGGCUUCAUCUCUUCAGCAGUGUCCACGGACCAGAGAAAGAUUUCCUCCUGUCCCCCGGGGAGAACGUGGUGGGCCGCGUGGCCGGCUGCGCCGUGACGCUGCCCUUCCCGUCCAUCUCCAAACGACACGCGGUCAUCGAGGCCCCGGGCCGGGGGCUCCCGGCCGUCCUGCGCGACUGCGGCAGCCUCAACCGCACCCGCCUUCUGCGGCCCCCCACGCUCCUGCAGCCCGGCCGUGCCUACCGUCUGCGUGACCGGGACUUGCUGCUCUUUGCCGACCUGCCCUGCCAGUACCACCGGCUACCCCCGGCCCGCGGGACCCUGAGCGUGGAAGAGACCCCCCGGCCGCCCCCGGCCCGUGGGGCCCUGAGCGUGGAGGAGACUCCCCAGCCCCAGGGCCGCAGGGUGGGCCGGGCCGAGCCCCGGGCGGCCCCGCUGGCCGAGGACUCGGAGGAGGAGGAAGCGGAAGAGGCCGGCCGGGGAGAUCCGCCCCGAAACGGCACUGUUGGGAUCGCGGCGACAGCCUCCAUCUCGCCGUCCACGACUGUGGUCCCGGACAGCGAGGAAGAUGGGGAGGCUCUGGCCUCCGCCGGUCCGGCUCCAAUCCCCACGUUACUGCUGGACAGCGACACCGGCGAAGAGGAGUGGGGCGCCGCCGUGGCUCCAGGGGGCACCCCCCGAUCGGCGCCGGCCCGAGGCGGGGGCCCCGGAGAAGUGGCGGCGGGAGGCCGGGUCCCCCCGACCGAAGACGACAGUGACACAGACGUGGAUGGGGAGGGCGUCCCCCCAACCCCGGCCCAGGGGGAGCAGAGCCUGGCCCCCGGGGUGGGCGACGACGACACGGAUGUCGGGGAAGAGGAGGAGGAGGAGGAAGGGGCGGAUGUGGAGGAGAGGGGCCCGGCGGCGGCCUCCACCGGGACACCCUUGAGGACAAGCCAGGCCGCCGGGGCCCGGGACGUAGAUAGAGACGGGGACGACGACGAGGCGGAGAAGGAUCCGGCAGCGGCCACCACCGGGACUCCCUUGGAGGGGAGCCAGGCCCCAGUCGUGGGAGACAGCGAUACUGACGCGGAGGAGAUGGGGGACGGGAGGGGCCCAGCGGCCACCCCCGGUACGCCCCUGGAGAAGAGCCAGGACUCUGCAGAAGGGAACAGAGAUACAGACCUGGUGGAGGAGGAGAGAGGCCCGGUGGCCGCCACCGUCAGGACGCCCUUGGAGAAGAGCCAGGUUCCCAUGGCGGGGGACGGUGACACAGACCUGGAGGAAGAGGCCGGGGAGUGGGACCCAGCAUUGGCCGCCACUGGGACCCCCUUGGAGAAGAGCAGCCAGGCCCCCAUGGCAGAGGAAAGAGAUACCGAUGUGGAGGAGGGGGAGGAGGAGAGGGGCCCAGCGGUGGCCACCGCCGGGACGCCCUCGAGGAUAAGGCAGGCCGCCGGAGCCCGGGACAGAGAUACAGAUGUGGAUGAGGAGGAGGAGAAGAGUCCAGUGGAGAACACCACGGGGACACCUUUGGAGAAGAGCCAGACCCUUGUGGUUGGGGACAGCGACACAGACGGAGAGGAGGCGGGGGAGGAGAGGCGCCCAGCAGUAGCCACCAUCGGGACACCUCUGGAGAAGAGCCAGGCCUCUGCAGAAGGGAACAGAGAUACAGACGUGGUGGAGGAGGAGAGAGGCCCGGUGGCCGCCACCACCGGGACGCCCUUGGAGAAGAGCCAGGUCUCCGUGGCGGGGGACGGCGACACGGACGUGGAGGAAGAGGCCGGGGAGAGGGGCCCAGCAGUGGCCGCAACUGGGACCCCCUUGGAGAAGAGCCAGGCCUCUGUGGCGGGUGAGGACGAUACAGUUGUGGAGGAGGAGAGAUCACUGGGGGAGAUCGGCCCCCCUAGCCCUGCCCCUGCAGGGCAGGGCAAGGAUCCUGAGGCGGAUGAGGGUGGACCCGCAGGGGGGCAGGGGCCGGGCCCAGCAGAGGACAGCCAGCCCUGUGAGGAGGAGGACGGGAGAACUGCGGCGGGGAGACCGGGGGCUCGUCCUGCUGCGGGGACCCCGUCCCGGGAAGGCCAAGCCUGUGGGGUACCAGCCGGAGAUGCUGCUGGGGACUCCGGGUCUCCGUUGCCCCCUUGGUCAGAGGGAACCCGGGGCCCAGGGCCCAAGCCUGACGGCGAGCCGGAGCAGGAGGAGCAGGAAGCGGAGGAAGACAGGGCCGACUCCUGCGAUGACACGUCCCACCUGGCCCUGCAGGCCACCCAGUGCUUUGUGGGAGAGAGCGAGCGAGACCUGAGCUGUGCUGCCGACCAGAGCCUGGAAGAAGAGUCCACUCAGACCUUUCUCUUCACUCCACCCCCGGCCCGGCUCUCAGUGUCCCACCCCCACCCCUCCGGCCAAAGCACCCCAAGCCUGGGUCUUCACUGGGACGAGGCCUGGGAAGAGGAGGAGGAGGAGGAGGAGAUCCUGGCCACGCAGCCCUUCUGCCCCCGGGGACCAGGUGGCCAGUCAGAGGCAUCUGAGACCCAACCCAUUGCCUACUACUUGGCAGCCUCUGGCACCCAGACUUCCUGUCCCCAGGCGGCCUCUGGAAAGAGGCUGAGCCAGGCGAUGCUGACACAGAGCCCUGAUAGGAUCCCAGAGACACAGAACAUGGGGAAGGGACCAGAGACACAGAGCCCCGGUGGGAUCCCAGAGACACAGAGCCCCGGUGGGAUCCCAGAGACACAGAGCCCCAGUAGGAUCCCAGAGACACAGAGCCCCAGUAGGAUCCCAGAGACACAGAGCCCUGAGAGCGGACCAGAGACACCAAGCCCUGAGAGAGAACCAGAGACACACAGCCCCGGUAGGAUCCCAGAGACACAGAGCCCCGGUAGAAUCACAGAGACAGACAGCCCCGAGAGGGGACCAGAGACACAGAGCCCCGAGAGGGGACCAGAGACACAGAGCCCCGAGAUGGAGCCAGAGACACAGAGCCCCGAGAGAGGACCAGAGGCACAGAACCCCAACAGAGGACCAGAAACCCAGAGCCCCGGUAGGACCCCAGAGACACACAGACAAGCUAGGGGACCAGAGAGACAAAGCCCAGAGACAGAGAGCCCCGAGAGGGGCUCAGAGACACAGAGUGCUGAGAGGAACCCAAUGAGACAGAGCCCGGAGAGGAGGCCAGAGACACAGAGCCUAGCUAGGGGACCAGGGAGACAGAGCCCGGAGGCACAGAACCCCGAGAAGGAGCCAGAGAGCCAGAAACAGGAGGCAGGGGGACAAAUCUGGGUGUCCGAGAGGCCGGAGCUUCUGGGGAAGGCGGCCCCGGAGAGGAUGGCACACAGCCAGACGCCAAAGGCCGAGUUGGAGAGGCCGAUGCCAGAGGCGGCGCGCUCCGAGUCCCCCGGGCGGGGAGCCCAACCGGAGGGGCAGAUGCCAGAGACGGAGCCUCUGGGCCAGGAGGCCCCGCCGGACGCCCCAGGCCCGGACGGCCCCUUGGAGCCUGAGGCCAGGAGCCGGGGGUCACCGCCCGCCCCCACGGGGGUCCGGUCCCACCACCGGCCGGCAGCCCCGACCAGCGGCCGGAGCCGCAAGGGCCGUGUGAAGCCGGAGAGCCUGCCCUCCAGCGACAGCCCAGCGGUUGGCGAGGAGCACGUCACGUCACACCCAGCCCCCACGGAGCCCAAAGCUGCCGCUCCUUCUCUGGAGUCUGCUCCUGGACCCGGGGCCCCCGCCAUCUCGAGACGCCAGGUGCCGGAGGCUCCCCCAGUCCCCCGAGACCUCCCCGGCCCUGCUCCGGGUCCAGCCGGCCCCCCGGACUCUGCUUCCAGGACCAGGCGGAACCAGAGGCGAGGGACGUCGAGAGCACCUGACGCCUCCGAGAGCCCUCUGCCCCCGGAUGGCGCUCCGCAGGCCUCUCUGGGCCGGAGCCCGGGAUCCGCACGGCCGCCCCGGACCACCCGGUCCCAUCCGGAGGCCCCGCCGGAGCCGAGCCCGACCCUGGAGCCUGGAACCACUCCAGAGCCCGCCCCUCAGGUCAGGAGGAGCAGGAGAAGGGCCAGCCUGGGGGCCCCUCCACCUUCAGAGCCCACAGUUGGGCCGGAUCCCGACCCCCGGACCAAACGGAGACGGGGCACCGCGGGGGCAGCCCCGGCCCCACAGCCCGAAGCCUCUGUCCUGCCCGAGCCCAGAGCCACCGCGGAGUCCGGCCUCAAGCCGAGCCGUCCCUCCCGAACCCGACAGAGAUGUGGGGUGGCGGCGGCGGGGACAGAGACCCCCGUGGCCUCGGAGACUGAGUCCCCAGCUUCAACGAAGCCUCCGGUUCCUCCAGAGCCCGGCACCCGGCGAGAGGCUGGAACCGUGUCGGAACCCUAUCCCCCAGCCAAACGGAGGCGGGGGGCGGCCGGGGACUCCCCCUUGUCGGGACCUCCGCCUUCCGAGCCCAGAAGUGCCCCAGAGGCCCCCGCCCGGGCCAAGCGGAAGAGGGGGGCGGCCGGGUCCUCUUCGGAGCCUGAGCCCCCCGCCCCCGCUGAGCCUAGAGCCUCCCCCGCGCCCCGCUCUACACGGAGUCGAAGCAGAGGGGAGGCCGGGAACCUGGGGUCCCCUCCAGAGCCCCGGUCUGAAGCCCCGGCCGCCCGGAGCCGUAAGCGGCCCCCGCCCCCUGAGGCGGAGCCCCCGAAGAGGUCCCGCAGGGGAGGGGCCGGCCCCCGGGGAGCCCCGGAGCCGGACGGCCCGCCCGCAGAUGCGCCGAAAGCCCGAGAAGGAGAGGUCUACACGCGCUCUCCUGCGGGGAGCCCCGGGCCGAGGAGGGGCCCCGCAGCCGGGACGGACGACACCCCGACCGGAAGCCGACGGAGCCUCAGGAAGACCCAGAGAUCCGAGAAGCCCCGGGUUCUCUUCACCGGUGUGGUGGACCCUCAGGGGGAGCAGGCGGUCCAGGCCCUGGGCGGGCAGCUGGUGGGCUCGGUGGCGGACGCCACCCACCUGGUGACCGACCGCAUCCGCCGGACCGUCAAGUUCCUGUGCGCCUUGGGCCGGGGGCUGCCCAUCGUGGACCGGAGCUGGCUGCACCAGUCCCGCCAGGCCGGCCGCUUCCUGCCCCCGGAUGAAUUCGCCGUGGAUGACCCAGAGCAGGAGCUCAAUUUCGGAUUCAGCCUCCGAGAGGCCCUGAGCCGGGCCCGGAGCCGGGCGAUGCUUCAGGGCUACGAGAUCCACGUGACCCCAGGGGUGCAGCCCCCGCCCUCCCAGAUGCGGGAGAUCAUCGCCUGCUGCGGGGGCACCCUCUUAGCCCAGAUGCCACGGACCUUUAAGCCCCGUCGGCUGGUCAUCUCCUGCCCGCAGGACCUAGGGCGCUGCUGCCCCGCGGCCCGGGCCGGGCUGCCCCUGCUCUCCGCGGAGUUCCUGCUCACCGGCGUCCUGCGCCAGGAGACCCAGCCCCAGCCCUUUACCCUGCCCCCGCCGCCUUGACAACGCUCCCGGUCUCCAGCUUUUCUACGGACACCCCCUCCCCAAAUAAAAACUGACGGCAGAAAAAAAAAAAAAAAGGAUGAACCGGUGAUGGGGAAACAGGCGGUUUGGGGAAGGAGGGUGACAGGGUGCAGAA